CAGAUAUGCAUCGUCGGCAGCUCGAAAUCACUUGUAGUCUCCGAUUUACUCUCAGGCGAAACAAGAAGUCAGAUUAUUUUCGUUGUUUUACAUUAAUUAACAUUUUUUGCAGAUAAAAUAUAGCAACAACAAGAAGAUGGCAUGCAGAUCCAUACAUGAAGAUGAGAAUUUAAGCUCAAAAACAUUUAAUAAUAGGAUAUUAUGCUAAUUAUUGUCUUCUCUGCCUCUCUGGUCCUGUCAAGAGAUAGGACCCUGAUCUUGUCUAUUUUUAAAAGCUCCCACUUGGGCUGUCAACUUCAUGUGAAUUUACAUUUCUUUCUUUUCUAAAUAAAUAAAUCAAUCAAUCAAUCAAUAUGGAACACCAGAAAAUGAAUCACGAGGCAAGAAAUAAAAAAAAUAUAUCUACCAGAUCGAUGGAAGCGUUGACCGAGCAUAUAUAUACGUCUUUUCAUUCAAGCAAAUAGUAAUGAACUCAACCAUGGCUGCACGGUGUUUUGUAGUGCUGGUUUUUGUUUCUUUUCUGGUUAUGUCUGUGUCAGCCAUACCAUCAAAGAGGAGGAGAGGUUCUUUUAGCACAAUCAAACAACUCAACCGCAAAGGGCCUUUUAUUGGUCUCAUAACUGUGUAUUCACCAGAAGAAGAGGCAUUUUUCAGAUCUGGGGCGUUUAAGCCAGAUGCUAAACACCCUUUUGUGGAUCUCUCAGGCAGUAAUUAUGAUGUUGAAGGGCGAAGGUAUCGAGUGGGAAAAAUCAAUGGGAAGAAAGUCGUUUUCGUGAGAUGUGGGGUUGGAAUGACAAACGCUGCUGCGGUAACACAACAAAUGCUGGAUCUGUUUGACGUAACUGGGAUUGUUCAUUUUGGAAUUUCUGGCAAUGUGAAUGAUUCUAUGUCGAUUGGGGAUGUUACCAUUCCCAAACAAUUUGCUCACACUGGCCUUUGGAACUGGCUGAACCCGAAUGGAACUAUGGACCCGGCCGAUGUGGCUUACUUGGAGGUUGGAAGCUACAAUGUACCUGAAGGUGAUGGCGUGAAUCUACUGGGGCAGAUUGGAUACAGCACUGAGCAGCUCUUUUCUGUGUCAAGGGAGCCUAACACUGCUGUUUCAUUGUGGUGGAUGGAAGUAAGUCAGCAAUGGCUUCAACUUGCUAGGAGCCUUGAGGGGAUGGAACUGGAGAAGUGUGUUAAUUCAAGCUUGUGCCUUCCAGAGAAGCCUAAGCUAGUUGUUGGGCUCAAGGGCGCGACGUCCAACAUCUUUUUGGACAAUGCAGCUUACAGAGAUUUCCUCUUUCAAACUUUUGAGGUUUCAUCAUCAGACAUGGAAAGUUCUGCUGUAGUAAUGACAUGCUUGUCAAAUGGCUUUCCUGUGAUUGUCAUCCGAGGGCUGUCAGAUUUAGCUGGAGCAGAAUCAGGAGACAAUGCAAUCCACACAUUUGGUUCACUUGCAGCCCUCAAUGCUGCUAAAGCUGUUCUUGAAUUUAUCAGCAAGCUACCAGGAUACAACUCUCCAUUGCAGCAGCAUUACAUGUAGUUUCUCAUUAAUGUGUCAUCAUACCAUGAAAUUAGAGUUUUAACAACUAAUAGACAAAGGAGACAUCUUUAGGGGUUCUUCAGCAGAUUUGAAGCAGCAGGAACAAACUUCAUCUGGGACACAUUCUACAAGCCCAGAUUUUUAUAUCAAUCAAUGAUUCAGAAAUGGAAGAAGUAAUUUGCUUGCAACAA